GGAUACACGAGUCUAUCGUCAAACUUAUGGCCAACAAAAUAAUCCCCUAAUUACCAUUUUCAAAACCAGAAAAUUUCCUUGCUCCAUCUAAGCCACAGCCAUGGCUUCUCUGCUUGCCAACGGUAUUUCAAGCUUUUCUCCACAACCCAACUUGGAUUCAGCUAAGCUGACCAAAUCCUUUUCCUUUCCUCUAAAGCCCGCGAUUGCAAGAAUCCCCAGACCGGCAAAUCUUGUCAGGAUCCGAGCUGAUGUCGGUUUCGAAUCCAAGACUCUUAAUUCGGAUUCAGGUAAUAGCGCUACCACUUCAACUUCUAGCUCUGACGAAAAGAUUAAGGAAAUUCUUCGUAAUCGUGAUUACGACAAGAAAUUUGGCUUCACUAUGGAUAUUGACUCGUUUUCAAUCCCUAAAGGUCUUUCUAAAGAAACAAUUAGGUUAAUUUCUUCGCUUAAAGAAGAACCUGUUUGGAUGCUUGAGUUUAGAUUAAAUGCUUUUGAGAAAUUCUUGAAAAUGAGAGAACCUAAGUGGUCGGAUAAUAUGUAUCCAACAAUUGAUUUUCAAGAUAUUUGUUAUUAUUCGGCUCCUAAAAAGAAGCCAACUUUGAAUAGUCUUGAUGAGGCUGAUCCUGAACUCCUUAAGUACUUUGAUAGACUCGGUGUGCCUUUGAAUGAAAGGAAUAGAUUGGCUAAUGUUGCUGUCGAUGCAGUUCUUGAUAGUGUUUCAAUAGCUACCACACAUAGGAAGACUCUUGAGAAGGCUGGUGUGAUUUUUUGUUCUAUAUCUGAGGCAAUAAAGAAGUAUCCCGAUUUGGUUAAGAAGUAUUUGGGGAGAGUUGUGCCUAGCGAGGAUAAUUAUUAUGCCGCUUUGAAUUCUGCUGUGUUUAGUGAUGGAUCAUUUUGUUAUAUACCGAAGGAUACCAAGUGUCCAAUGCAGAUUUCCACGUAUUUUAGGAUUAAUGCAAUGGAAACAGGGCAGUUUGAGAGGACAUUGAUUGUUGCUGAUGAUAGGAGUUUUGUGGAAUACUUGGAAGGGUGCACUGCACCAUCUUAUGACACAAAUCAACUUCAUGCAGCUGUAGUUGAGUUGUAUUGUGCCGAGGGUGCAGAAAUUAAGUACUCUACUGUGCAGAACUGGUAUGCUGGUGACGAGGAAGGAAAAGGUGGGGUUUAUAAUUUUGUUACAAAGCGAGGACUUUGUGCUGGGGAUAGGUCUAAGAUAUCUUGGACUCAAGUGGAGACAGGUUCUGCAAUAACUUGGAAGUACCCAAGUGUUAUUUUAGAGGGAAAUGAUACUGUGGGAGAGUUCUAUUCUGUUGCUUUGACAAACAAUUAUCAGCAGGCAGAUACAGGGACAAAAAUGAUACACAAGGGAAAGAAUACAAGAAGUCGAAUUAUUUCAAAGGGUAUUUCAGCUGGGAAUUCCAGAAACUGUUAUAGGGGCCUUGUUCAGAUUCAAUCAAAGGCAGACAAUGCUAGAAACUCCUCACAGUGUGAUUCAAUGCUUAUCGGUGACACUGCAGCUGCCAAUACAUAUCCUUACAUUCAGGUAAAGAACCCCACAGCGCGUGUUGAACAUGAAGCCAGCACCUCUAAAAUUGGUGAAGAUCAGCUAUUUUACUUCCAGCAGAGGGGAAUUGACUAUGAAAAGGCCAUGGCUGCCAUGAUUUCUGGGUUCUGUCAGGAUGUCUUCAAUGAACUUCCUGAUGAAUUUGGAGCUGAGGUGAACCAGCUUAUGAGCCUGAAGCUUGAAGGAUCAGUUGGUUAAGCUGCAAAUGAAAAUCAUGUUUUUUUUCGUCAGUGAUUUGAUUAUUGGAGACGUUUCAUGAAGUUUGAUCUGUAAAUGCAUCACUCAAGAAAGCUGUAUACUUGGUGGUUUCAGAGUAGGGCAAGAAUCAUCUGUGACCCUUUGUUCUGCCAAAAAGGAAAAAACAGAAAAUAAAAACACGAACUCAUAUCUAACGUUGUAAUAGUAUGAGAUGUAGUAUGUAACGUGUGGCAUGGUAAUAAUACUGAUCUGUAACAUAAUUUGUGUUCACAUGUUGUUAACUUCUGAUGUCAUUGCAAGUCUCACGGAUUUUUGGUCUUGUUAA